CGGAUCUCGUGGGGGUUUCUGGGAACAGAGGCAGCCAUGGCUGACAGCGCCUAUCAGCCAAGCCGUGAGGCGUGUUUGCAGGCACAUUCGGAAGAAACUGGAGCGGCCGGAUCUCUCAGAUAAUGCCAGGCUCCAGAUUUUUAAAUCGAAGGAUUAGGAACUCGGAACAAAAAUAUAAUUCCGAUUUAUCUCCGGUGAAGAUUCUACCUCCCAGUCAAUGAUAUAUCAAGUUAGAAACAACAAAGAGUUUGUGUAUGAAAAUCUCAAACGCAACAAGGAAUUUACUCAGCCAACCCACAGACACACCAGUGAGUUCAUCGUGGAAGAGGCUAUUCAGCUGCUCUGUGUGUGGAAAGGGAUUCACUCACUCAGCUGACCUGCAGACACACCAGUGAGUUCACAAUAGAGAGAGACGGCUCAACUGUUCUGUGUGUGAGAAGAGAUUUGGUCAUCUGAUCUGCUGAUACACGAGCAAAUUUACACUGGGGAGAGGCCGUACAUCUGCUAAGACUGUGGGAAGGGAUUCACUCUGUCAUCCCACCUACUGCAACAUCAGCGAGUUCACACUGGGGAGAUGCCAUUCAUCUGUUCAGACUGUGGGAGGGGAUUCUCUUGGUCAUCUGAAUUGAAGGUACAUCAGCGAGUUCACACUGGGGAGAAGCCGUUCACCUGCUCAGACUGUGGGAAGGGAUUCACUCAGUUAUGCAACCUACAUGCACACCAUUUAGUUCACACUGGUGAGAGGCCGUUCAUCUGCUCGGACUGUGGGAAGGGAUUUACUCGCUCAUAUCAACUGAAGGUACAUCAGCGAGUUCACACUGGGGAGAGACCAUUCACCUGCUCAUACUGUGGAAAGGGAUUCACUCAGUUAUCGCAUCAACUGGCACACCAGAGAGUUCACACUGGGGAGAUGCCAUUCAUUUGCUCAGACUGUGGGAAGGGAUUUCCUGACUCAUAUCAACUGAAGGUACAUCAGCGAGUUCACACAGGGGAGAGGCCAUUCAUCUGCUCAGAUUGUGGGAAGGGAUUUCCUCGGUCUUUUCAACUAAAUGUACAUCAGCGAGUUCACACUGGGGAGAGGCCGUUCAACUGCCCAGACUGUGGGAAGGGAUUCACACAGUUGUGCAGCCUUCGUGGACACCAAUUAGUUCACACUGGGGAGUGGCCGUUCACCUGCUCAGACUGUGGGAAAGGAUUUCGUGACUCAUAUCAACUGAAGGUCCAUCAGCGAGUUCACACAGGGGAGAAACCAUUCACCUGCUCAGACUGUGGGAAGGGAUUCACUGGGUCAUCUCAACUGAAGGUCCAUCAGCGAGUUCACACUGGGGAGAGGCCGUUCACCUGCUCAGACUGUGGGAAGAGCUUCUCUCAGUCAUCUCAACUGAAGCUCCCAGCUCUACCCACAAGACAUACAAACAGAGGAUCGAGAAGCACUUCAACUCCUCGGACCUCCGGAGCAUGUGACAUGGCUUACAGAUUAUUGCAGACUUCAAACAACUUAGUACUGUACCUCCUUCCAGCUCUGCUUCCUUCCCUGAUGAGCUUAAUUAAUUCUAUGCUGGCUUUGACUGAGGGAACAAGGAGGUCACUCUCAAAGCGGAUCUCCCACAUGGUGAAUUGCCCCUUUCACUUUCCACCUCCUAUGUUUGCACCACCCUGAGCAGGGUGAAUAUACAGAAGGCAGCUGCUCUGGAUGGAAUACCUGGCUGUGUGCUCAGAGUCUGUGCAGGGUAGUUGGCCAGGGUCUUCACAGACCUUUUCAAUCUGUCCCUGGUCCAGGCAGUUGUCCCCACAAGCUUCAAGAUUGCCACCAUUGUGCCAGUGCGGAAGCAUUCCACUGCCACGGGCCUGAAUGACUUCCGCUCAGUUGCACCCACCUCCAUCAUUGCAAAGUGCUUUGAGAGACUGGUUCUAUCACAUCUGAAAUCCUGUCUGCCCACUACCCUGGACCCCCAUCAAUUUGUCUAUUGCAACAGAGGACACCAUUCCCAUGGCACUUCAUUCUGCCCUCACCCACCUAGACAGCCUCAACUCUUAAUUCAGAAUGCUGAUAAUUGAUUUUAGUUUGGCAUUCAAUACGGUGAUCCCCUCCAAACUGAUCGCCAAACUUCACCAGCUUGGUAUCAGCUCAUCCCUCUGCAAGUGGAGCUUAGACUUUUUGACUAACAGACCUCAAUCUCCUAAGUUAGACAAGCUCUCCUCCUCCAUUCUCACCCUGAAUGCCGGCGUGCCUCAAGGCUGUGGGCUGAGCCCUCUUCUGUACUCCCUUUUCACCUAUAACUGCGUUCCUGUAUAUGGUUCUAACUCCAUAAUCAAGUUCGCAGAUGACACCACGGUGGAUGACAAGACCACUUACAGGAACUAUUUUAAAUUCUGCCUCAUGUACUCAGUGAAUCUUCAACACACCCAGUGUAUAAUUGGGAAUCAAUGCAGCCCAGUUGGUCCUUGCCAGAGUUUCUGCUCACUGACACUCCUUUUAGAUCCAUCCCUGCUGUUCACCUCUUGUGGUGAUGGAUUCCAAAAAGUGAUCACUCAAUGGGUGAAGAUAUUUCCCUUGAAUAUCCUGCAUGGCUUUAUGCAGAUUGACAAUGAGAACGAGUUCACUGCAAUUUUGUCCGACAUGUUCUUAGUCCUCAAAUCUCUGGGAUGAGGAAGAAUGACAUUGGUACUGUAGCUGACCUCCUCUUUCCCAGAUGUUUUCAAUGAUAUGGGUCAUUUUCACUGCUUUGCAAGAUCUGCAUACACACAGCUGGAUUGGUAGAAUGCACCAAAAGUGGGGAACCAUUAGUUGAAUGUUCAAUGGAACAGUGUCAUAAACAAGAGGUGAGUUGCACAAGGGACAGUGGUAGGUUUAAGAGCAUAUGACAAGAAGCAGAGAAUCAGAGCAGGAAGCAUGGCAACGAAUGAUGAUAGCAACAUUUGGAAGCUAAUUGACAGAAAAAAUAGUAGCAAACACAAGGAAAUCUGCAGAUGCUGGAAAUUCAAGCAACACACACAAAAUGCUGGUGGAAUGCAGCAGGCCAGGCAGCAUCUAUAGGAAGAAGUACAGUCGACGUUUUGGGCUGAAAACCUUCAUCAGGACUAACUGAAAGAAAAGAUAGAGGUUUUAAAGUUGGAGAGGGAGGGGGAGAUCGAAAUGAUAGGAGAAGACAGCAGGGGGAGGGGUGAAGCUAAGAGCUGGAAAGGUGAUUGACAGAAAGGAUACACAGCUGGAGAAGUGAAAGGACCAUGGGACGGGAGCACCAGAGGGAGGUGGAGAACAGGCAAGGAGUGAUUGUGAGAGGGGCAGAGAGAGAGAAAAAAGGGAGAGAGAAAAUAAGGGGGCAGAGCAUUAAUGGAAGUUAGAUAAAUCAAUGUUCAUGCCAUCAGGUUGGAGGCUACCCAGACGGAAUAUAAGGUGUUGUUCCGCCAACCUGAGUGUGGCUUCAUCUUGACAGUACAGGAGGCCAUGGAUAGACAUAUCAGUUUAUCUCAGAUAGGUUUGUGUCUGUAACAGAGGGGUCAACCCCGGUUCCAGUGAAAAUCUGAAGAGAUACUGGGGCUUUACAGUCACUGAUAUUGGAUAGUGUUUUGUACUUUGGUGAUGAGAUGAAAACUAAUGAAGUCAAUAUUAUUAAAGGAAUUGGAAAAUGAACUGAGUUCAUGCCUUUGCAUAAGGUAAUUUUGAAAUGCAAACUGGUAUCAGGACCUGUUAAGAUCGGGGUACGAUCUGAAUUACCAAUAGACAAUGUUGAUGUCUUGCUGGGUAUUGACCUUGCAGGUGGGGAUGUUUAUUCAGCAUUGCAACUAACAAGCAAGCUGACAACCCACACAUGGAUACUGAUGAUUACGCCACAUGCGCAGUAGGCCGAAGCAUGUCUAAAAAGUCUGCUGAUGCAGAUAGUUUGGGGCAGGGGGAUACUGAGGCCCAUGAUAGCAAAAACAGGUUCAAAUUAUGAUGAUUUAUCACAGACUUCUCUAUCUUCCAUUUUACAACAGAAUUUGGGUAGUAAGGAGGAAGAGAGAGGUUUGUCCUUGUCCUUGUCCAGGGAUGAAUUUAUAACAGAACAAAGCCAGGAUUCAGAAAUUGCUGCGUUAAAGGAGACAGCUCUCACAGAAGAGGAGGUUCAGAGAGAGUCAGUAGGAAAUUACCUUAAGGAUGGGCUGUUAAUGAGGAAAUGGAGACCACCUACUGUGGCUGCAAGUGAGAAUUGGGCCAUUGAAUAUCAAGUUGUGGUCUCGAAGGUUUACAAGGCCAAGAUUUUAAACAGGGUUCAUAAUAUACCUUUAGGUGGACACUUUGGAGUGAGAAAGACAGUGAAUAGGAUAAUGAUAGAAUUCUACUGGCCUAAUUUAAGAAAGGAUGUUGUGAAUUUUUGCAGGACUUGCCAUACCUGUCAGGUUGUGGGGAAACCUAAUCAGGUUAUCAAGUAGCGCCACUUAAACCAAUACCUGCUUUUGGUGAACCUUUUUCUGGGUUCAUAGUGGAUUGUGCUGGCCCAUUGCCAAAGACUGCAGCUGGUCAUCAGUACUUGUUAACAAUUAUGUGUGCUGCACCUAGGUUCCCUGCAGCCGUGCCUCUCAGAAACAUCAAGCCAAGACUGUGGUAAAAGCAUUCAUCAAGUUUUUCACACUGGUAGGUCUGCCCAAAGAAAUUCAAUCUGACCAGGGGUAGUAACUUUACUUCGAAAACAUUCUGGCAGAUAGUUGGUGAGUUGGGAGCUAAGCACAUUGUGUCAUCUGCAUAUCACCCAGAGUCCCAGGGAGCCUUGGAUGGUUCCACUCCACUCUUAAGACCAUGAUUAAAACAUAUUGUGUGGAAAAUGGAAAAAAACUGGGAUGAAGGGGUUCACUACUCUUAUUUGCUGUUAGAGGUUCGAUUCAAGAAUCAUUAGGGUUUAGCCCGUUGCACUUGUUUUUGUUCACGAAGCUAGAGGACCUUUGACCCUACUAAGAGAGCAGUGGUCUUAUCAGAAAGUGUGUGUAAGUGUGCUUAAUUAUGUUUUGAAAUUCAGAGACAGACUUAACAAGGCUUGUGACCUUGCUAAGCAGAAGUUACAGCACUCAGACAAAAAUGAAGCUUUGGUAUGACCGAAAAGCUAGAGAACAGAGAUAUUGUGUUGGAGAUAAAGUAUUGGUGCUGUUUCCCCUUCCUUACCAACCCCCUUCAAGUGAGAUUUAGUGGACCAUACCAGAUAAUUAAGAAAAUUGAUUCCUUGAAUUACGUUAUUAGAACACCUGUCCGAAGAAAGGCUACUCAAAUCGUGCACAUAAACAUGAUCAAGCCUUAUUAUGACAUGGAGACAUCACCUGUGAGUACUGUUAUGAAAACAAAUGAAGUUGUGGAGCCUGGUACUGAGAUACCAGAUAAUUUAAGUAAGCUCAGUGUAGUCUCCACAAGCUUGAAAACUCUGUUGUUUUGGAAUACUUUGACAAUAAAAAUCCAUCAUUUGAAGCCUGAGCAACAAAAACACUUGAAGGACUUAAUUAGCAAGUAUAAAGUUUUAUUCCCUGACAUUCCAAAACAGUGCAUAGCUGCAGUGCAUGAUGUGAUUGGAGAUAAAGUUGAUCCGAUUAAGCAGCACCCUUACAGAAUGAAUCAAAUGGUUGAACAAGAAAUUGGAUACAUGCUGACAGCCGGCAUUAUUAGGCCAUCUAUCUCAGACUGGGUGUUGCCCUGUGUCAUUGUUCCUAAGCCAGGUGGAAGCAUUAGAUUCUGUGCUGACUACAGGCAAGUUAAUGCAAUAACCAAGACAGAUGCUUAUCCUAUCCCAAGAGUAGGUGACUGUAUUGAUAGAGUGGAGAAGGCUAAAUAUCUUACAAAGAUUGACCUGUUAAAAGGAUACUGGUGUGUUCCUUUGACAGAAAGGGCGAAAGAGAUAUCUGCAUUUCUGACACUAUCUGGACUGUAUGAGUACAAUGUUUUACCCUUUGGGAUGAAAAAUGCUUCAGGGCAUUCCAAAGGAUGAUGAAUUCAGUGAUUCAGGAUUUAGAAAAUACAGGGGCUUAUAUUGAUGAUUUGGUUGUAUGGAAUGACACACAGGAAGAGCAUAUCUCAGCAGUAGAGAAACUGUUUGAAAGGCUGUGCAAAGUGAAUCUUACCGUAAGCCUCGCUAAAAGUAAAUUUGCUCACACUACUGUCACGUAUCUUGGCUAUGUAGUAGGCCAGGGCCAACUGGCUCCUGUGCAGGCCAAGGUUCAGGCUAUUGCUGAGGUUCCCGUUCUGACGGGCAAGAAAGCGUUAAGAAAGUUUUUAGGAAUGGUUGAUUAUUAACAUAAGUUUUGAAAAAAAUUCGUAAACAUCGUUCUCCCCCUAAUGAAACUCAUAGGGAAGAGUGAAAGAUUUGUAUGGAGUGACCUUUGCCAGGAGGCAUUUGAACACCUGAAAACCAUCCUGUGUUAUCAUCCUGUGUUCAAAGCACCUGAUUUCAAUAAACCAUUUUCAAUCGCGGUAGACGCUAGUGAUGAAGCUGCCGGGGCAGUAUUGUUGCAAAAGGACGAUGAUGAAAUUGAACAUCCAGUAGCUUAUUUCUCAACGAAAUUUAAUGCAUAUCAGAAAAAUUACUCCACGUUGAAAAAGAGUUGCUAUCACUCAUUUUAGCAUUGCAAUAUUUCGAUGUCUACAUAUGAACUGCGCAGAAACCACAUGUGGUUUACACUGACCAUAAUCCAUUGGUGUUUCUGAGUAAAAUGAAGGAUAAGAAUAGAAGUUUACUUAACUGGUGUCAGAUCUUGCUAGAAUAUGACAUGGAAAUAAAACCCAUGAAAGGUACUGACAACAUUAUAGCAGACUGGUUGUCUGGAUGUUAAGUUCAAGUUUGUAAACGUUUUGCUAUAUAAUCGAUAGUUAAGACAAAAUUUUGCUCCUUGAUCAAAAUUUUUCUUAAAAGUAAGGAGGUGUGAUGAGAUCUGAAGGAUUAUUCAAUAUGGACUGUCCCUUUAAAGAGAGAGAGAGAGAGAGAGCGUGGAUGCUAAUUCAGUGAGAGAGAGAUGCAACAAAGCCUUUGAGUUGCCUUGGAAAUGGCAAGGCAGAGCUAUAUGAUGGACAGCUGGUGUUCAGCAGUUGUGGAAUAUAUACAAGGUCAACUGGCUUUGUAAUUGGACACACCAGAGACACACGGAAGACACUGAUGAAACUGACGCUGGAUGAGCUUUGAGUGCCCAUGCCAAAGGUGGGGUUUUUGCUCACAGUUUGGACAAAGGGGUGACCGGUGGAAAGCUAUCAGUGUGUUUAACCCUUGCCUAGGUUGAUAGCUUUACCACGUGAAAACAGCACUCUCUUUUGUGUGGUCACAGUCAGUGACUUUAAUAAGUUUCAGGAGCAGGAGGACGGCAUGGAAGAUUCGACGGCAUCGGCGCUGGGAAGACAAAACAUCUCUCUCUCUCUCUCUCGCUCUCCCAUCUACUCAAUUCAAUAUCCAGAACUGAACUGACUUCAUACCUAUACCACCGUAAAUCUGUAUCAUUUAUUACCUAAGCUGGGAGAAAUUUGGGAUCUUUAUUUACUCAUUCCUUUAUGCAUAUAGUCUGCCAACCUGUUUGCCUUAUCUUGUUCUAUAUUACUUUAUUACAUAGUUACUAAUAAAAUAGUGUUUAUAGUGGAA